CAUUUGCCUGUCACUUUGCCAACCCUUUCCCCCCUUCCUUCUUUUCCUACCAACUCAGAGAAGGUAUAAAAGGUAGCUGGUUUUUGGGACACAGAACAAACUUUGUAUGUGAUGUCCUCUUCGGGAUUACAACGCCGGCGAGCGGCGGGUGCCUCUUCUUCAGCGCAGGAUGAGGAGUUCGGUGGGGCAUGGUCUUCGACAUCGACCUCCCGAAAUGACGUUAAUGGUAGCGGAGCGAGCAGUCCUGGGCCAACGACGCCAAACGGAAAUGGCAUUGGGGGUGCAGUGCAUGCGGGGACAGCGUUCGAAGGUGGGAGCAAGGUUGCGUACGACCCGCGAGACCUUGAGCUUGAGGAUGCAGAGGCGAGGUCGGCUGGAGGCAAGAUGCCGAGGUUGACUAUCAUGGAGGAGGUUUUGUUGCUUGGGAUCAAGGAUAAACAGGGUUACCUGUCGUUUUGGAACGAUAAUAUCUCGUAUGCGCUACGAGGGUGUAUACUGAUCGAACUGGCUCUUCGACGACGUAUCGCCAUCUCACGCGACCCCGCACGAAAACGAGUUCCACUGUCUGAACGUGUUGUUGAAGUCCUCGAUGCACGACCUACAGGUGAAACUCUUCUUGACGAAGCGCUCCGGAUGAUGGUUGCGACCUCUGCACAUCAAACUGCUUCCGUUGCGCCUGCAUCAUCAACGGCAACGGCAUCUGCUGCGACCCAGCCGGAAUUCAUCUCCGUUAAUACCUGGAUAGAUCUACUCAGUGGAGAGACGUGGAAUCUUAUGAAGAUCGGCUUCCAACUCAAACAAGUACGCGAACGACUUGCGAAGGGGCUCGUCGACAAAGGCGUCUUGCGCACUGAAAAACGAAAUUUCUUGUUAUUCGAUAUGGCAACUCAUCCAGUUGCAGACGCGAGAACGAAAGAAGGGAUCGUGAGGAGGGUGACGACCUUGCUUAGUGCGCAAACACGUGCUGUCCCACCAGCUGCGUUGGGGAAGGAAGGUGAACAGUGUAGGGCUAUGAGAGCGGUGGCGUUAUGUUGUGCUUCGUACGCUGCGAGUGUGUUGGAUAAUUGUUUCACGAGACUUACGUAUGAGGAUCGUGAAGCUGCGUUUUCGCGUGCUGAGGAUAUACUUGGCGAGUUUGCUGCUUGGCCAUUUGGUGCAUCGUCAUCAUCAUCAAGCUCAGGUCCGAGUGCGCGUCGACGAGAAGGGACAAAAAUUGGGACAGGCAGUAGUGGAGGGAGUGGUACACCUGGGCGAGAGAGCAUAUUGGGUCUCGUUGAUGCCGUCAAAGGGGAGAUGCACACCACCGGUCCUGGAGUGAGCGAUGGUGAGGAUCGAUGUUUCGAGUUAAUUGCUGCGGUGUUGGAUGUCCUCUCUCGUCUAGAUUCUUUACUAUGACUCUUUGUCCUAUGUUUCUUCUGUCUUUAAUCUUGCUCUCAUCAAUAUAUAUUUCAAUUACACUCUCUUCACCCCUUUUUCGUAUAAUCGCUGUUUUUUCUUUUCUAUUGGUUCUUGUA